AUGAACAGAAAUUUACAACGAACUCAUCAGAACAAACAUCCGAAGUCAUCACAAAAAUCUCAUACGAUUCUGCGUCGAUCAAAUAAAACCGCUGAACUAUCAUCUCAACUUCCACAACAAUUCGACAUUCAUUCUGAACAAACAUCGAAUAAUUUCGAUUAUGAUCUUUUAAAUAAAAUUAUUGAAGAUUUAACAUCAGAUAUUGAUGAUACACGAGCAACAUCAACAUCAUCUAUUCUUUCAGAAAAAUCAAAAAGUAAAAAUGAUGAAACAAUAUCACCAUCAAUACAAGAUAAAUUUUUAUCAGUUAAUCCAUUACGAAAUCCUAGAUGUUUAAUAGAAAAAAAACCUUCACGAUCAUCAAAAAAAUCAGGAAAAUCUGAUCAAUAUGAAGAAAAAACUUUGGACUCAGAAAAUCUUUCAAAUAGUUUCGAUGACAAAUACCGUUUAAGAAAUUCGAGAAAAUCCAUUGGUGAACAACGACGUGAUCAAUUAACGAAACAUAUGAAAGAAUUUUAUCAAGCUUGUUUUUUAUUUGAUCAAAAUUCAAAUAUAAAUUAUAUUCAUGAUAAUCUAACAAAUAAUGAUAGACGAAAGCAAUAUUCUACAGCAUUAUGGUAUGAACUAAAAAUAUUUUUUAAUGGAAUAAAUUCUUUAAAUGAAGAUGGUAUUAAAGAUGAACAAUAUUUAAUUGAUCGUCAACGAAAAAAAUCUCUCGAUGAAUUUUAUAAUUUUUUUAGUCAAUGUGAUUUUGAACAAUCACAUUAUCAUGAUACUCUAACAAUUCAACGACGUCAUAUAUGUGAACAUCAUUUAAAUCAUUGUUAUGAUGUUGAAAAAUGUAUGAAAAAUUUAUUUUUAAAAUGGGAUAAUAUAUUAUCAUUAUUUCCAUCAUAUUCAGCACUUGAACAAUAUGAUAAACGUUUUAAUCCACGUACAAAAGAAGGAAAAAUUUUUUAUGAAAAAUUUUAUAUUUUUCAAGCGUGGUUCAAUUUACAUUCAGAAAUUAAUCAUUUAAUUAAUAUACUUGGCCGUAUAAUGACAUGUACGAAAUGUUAUAUGUGGCCACAAGAAACAAAUUUAUCAAUAGUAAAACUUAUUGACAAUUUAUCUCGUCCAGCAACACCAUCAUCAACAUCAAGUUAUGAACACCGGGAUUCAGUUAUAGAAUCUCCACCUACUAUGUCACCAUUUUUACCAACAUCUGAAAUAAGAGUCAAACGACAAAAUACAUUAACAUCAAUGUCAAGUUUUGAUAGUAUUUAUCAACCACCAUUAACAUCAGCAUCAUCGUUAAUGGACUAUUAUUAUAGAUAUGUUGAUGAUCAAGUAACACAUGCUCGAAUUGAAUUAGUUGCAAGUAUAUUUCGUUCCAAACAUGGUCCUUUAUUACAACGUUUACGUUAUACAUAUCGAAAAGAACAUCGAACAAGUUUUCCAACAUUUGAUGAUAUAUUUAAAAAUUCUCCAUUUUUUCCUAAAAAGCUAAUUCCACAUGAUUAUUUAUCAGAUGCUAAACCUGAUAAAUUAAUCGAUGAAUUUUUUAUUCUUAAUAAGCAAUUACAAGAACUAAAAAAUCCAAAGCUUGCAAAUAAACAAACGAAAAAAUCCACAGGAAUUUAUUCUGAUAAAGUAAAUAAUAUUCUUAAUCGUUUUGAUCAAAAUCCAACAUUAACAUCAAGUACAUUUCCACCAGUACCGGCACCAACAUUAGUUUUAAAACUUUUAUCUAAUGAUCGAAGUAUACUUAAACGUCAACCAUAUUAUCUUGAUUAUCUUGAUCCAACAUCAUAUCCACAUUUACCUGGAUCAACAUUAUUUCCUGAUCCAUGUUUAUUUCUUGAUUAUUCACCAUUAAAUUCCUAUGCACAAUUACCACCAGAUGAAAAUAUUUUAAUUGCUAAAAUUUUAACAAUAUGUCAUCGUCUUUAUGAUAAACAUGUUUGGGUUGAUAGUGGAAGAUUUUCAGAUAUGUGUGAUAUAUUUCAUUUACCAUCACUUUAUCCACAUUAUGUUUUUCUUGUGCAAAUUCCAUUGGAUUUAAUGAUUUCAUGGCAAAAAUAUCAUCAAGAUAAAAAAAUGGAACAAACUUCAACUACAAGUGCUCUUCUUUUAUUAAUUGAUGAAUGUAAAAUCUUAAUACAUAGUGCAACAUUAAUACGGCAAUAUGUUAAAUUAAUGAUAACAGAUGCUUUUGAAAAAGCGGAAUUAAAAUUAAUUGAAGAUGAUUUAAUUCAAUUUGAUAAAGAUAUAAUUGAUACAAUGUAUGAAAUUCUUUCUUAUAUUGAACGUUAUAUAGAUAUAUCAUUAAAUUCAAAUUCAUUUCAUAAUUGUAUUAUAUUAUUAAAAGAUCAAUGGAAAUCAUUAAAAAAAUAUUCAACUAUGAUGAAUAUUGAAGAAAUUCUUGGUGAAAAAUUUUUAAAUAUUUAUUCAAAAAUAAUUAAACAUUUUCAUGAACAUAUUACUAUAUUUCAUUCAUCAAUAUUAUCAUCACCAGAAACAAUUAAAAUAGAACAUAUAAAAAAGAAAAUUCAUAGAAAAUAUCAAAAAAAAUUAACAAUGACUAUAUUACGUGAAGCUAAAGCAAUAUAUGAUGAUUGUGCAUUAACAAUUAAUAUUUAUUUACAAAAACCUGUUUGUAAAAGAUUUUUACUUAUACUUAAAACAGCUGGAUUUGAAAGAAUUAAAUUUGGUAAGGAGAAUUAA